AUGGCACGACUCAACGAAGCACCCGUGCCCGUUGAUAGUCAUCUCGAAAUACUACGUAGGAAGUUUUUACGCCAGAAUCGCGACAUUGCAAAGAUCAACUCGGACCAGUCGCAAAAAAUCAGGCGACUCGAGAACGACUGCGCGCGUCUGCUGUCCGAGAACCUCGACCUCCGCGGCCAGAUUCUGCGGCUAGAGAAACAAGUCGAAGAUAACAGCGCGCAAAGGAUAGCCGACCAUGCCCUUCAAGUCAAGGAAAAGCUGGAACACCAGCUGUCAGAGUUCACGGCAUUGCUCGGGAGUUUGGGGGUAGAGCCGCCUGCUAAAAGGCGUGCUUCGGAAGAACGAAUGCUCUCGAAUACCUGCCAAAGUAUGGCCAGAAGCCCCCCGCAGAGGAGGCGGCGUAACACGUCGAUAGAUUCCGAGGCACUCGCGGGGAUGGAGGGGAGACUGCCCCCCAUAUAUGAGAACAAGACGUACCCGCGGGCUACCAUGAAUGGCGAUGAAAUCCUGGCUCUGUGCGCUGCCGCGGACGACACCAACGACUCAUCCGAUUUGGGGCCGCCGCCUAUUUCGCAAUAUGUUGGGGAAGAACCUGUGAAGCAUUCGCCUCCGACGCCAAUUGAGACAUUCGUGCCCGAAAACCCAAGGCGGCCGCUGUCAAUAUCAUCGCCUCCGAAACUCGAUUACGAUAGGCACCCAUCUAGAAGCCCCGAGCCGGAAAUGGAAGCAGAAGGAAUGGUAAUCCCGGAGAGCCCGAGCAAAGGCGCGAGUCCUGCAAAGGAACCUUCACCAGAGCCGGCACCGCAACCGGUGAGGGCGGGCGCCAAGCGAAAAUACGGCGAUGAGAACGGAACUAUCCAGAGCACAACGCCAUUAACUGGCAAAGAGAAUACCGCCCUUACUGAAAAGGCUUUCCCUACGCGUCCUACCUCGAAGAGGAAGAGUCUUGCCGAGUUGGCGAAUGUCAAACCGGAGAAGAAGAACACGAAGCCGUCGCUUUCCGCAAAGAGAACGCCGCUUGCUGCCAAGAGCACCAACGAGAACGUAUCAUCACCGCGUAAGGUGAUGAAACCAGCAUCGCGGAAGCCGGCUAAGAAGGAGCAAGCUCCGCCUCCGAUAGAUACGGUUAUGGGUGACGAAACCAGCACGCCGAGCCCGCCGGUCGAGAUUGUAAUUCCCGCCGAUCCCGUCCUCGACUCCGUGACCGCUCUACCGUCAGCAACCCCGAGUUCUCCGACGACACCGCAUCGGGCGGCACCCGAAGAAAUGCUCCAUGACACCCCGCCACCCGCCGAUAUAUCUUCGACUGGUGAGACGAUUCGCCCGAGCCGCCGUGCCAGGGCUGCCGUCAGUUACGCAGAACCGAAUCUACGGGACAAGAUGCGGCGGCCAACUAAGGAACUCUUCGAUGCCGUUACCGGGGAAGGAAAAUACGCUCAUCGGACCUCCAUGAAGUCGGACGAUCAGCAUUUGACUCUAUCUUCUGCCACUAAAAUAAAGCUAGAACCGGGGAGUUCUGCUAGUAGCAACAGCAAGAUCAACUUUGCCAGCGACCCAACACCACCCGCCCAGCAACAAGCGCUUCUGAGCCCAUUGGCGCAGAAAGACGCUUUCUCUGAGACGUUACCCGACACCGUCGUCACUGAUAGGCGGAAGCGGCCGUCCGCGGUUGGCAGCCGUCGAGAGUCUCUUGCGGUUCCAGGGAAGUCCGAUGGCGCAAGCAGAGACCUGAGUCCGGCAGUCACAGCACAACCCGAAGCACCCGCACAUACGAACAGCAACAGACUUAAGAACAGUCUCCACAGAACCCGUAACGACAACCCAGCACCUCCACCUCCAUCUGAAGCAGCAGCAGACAUCUAUGACUUCAACGCCUCCUCGCCUGUCGCCUCUUCCACGCACCCUACGCCCGACACGAAUAGCGAACCGAAGCCUGCCCCGUCCCAUUCUUCCAUUAUCACGGGAUCGAGAGCAAGAAUCACCCGGAAAUCAUCCGUAGCCGCCGCCGCCGCCCUCCGCGAACUCCUCGACGAGGAGGAACAUGACAGCAAAUCAAACCCAUCACGUCCUAAGUCACGGUCUACGCUUGCUACGAGGAAGAGGGCAUCGAUGCUCGUGCCGAAGCCGAGUUCUAUGCUAGAGAGCUUGGAGGAUAGCUCCGUUGCGGCCGAUGCUGAUACUAGUGGGGCUUCGACCGAGGGGGAGGAUGCUGCGAGCCGGAGGGAGGGGAGGGUUGCUAGGAGGAGGAGUAUGAUGUUAUGA